AUGGCUCUUCUUUUAAUUACACAUCUUUACUUUCAGAAAUCUAUACUGAGUCAUAGUUUUCCAGGCAUUCCAGGGUCAAAUGGCAUGCCGGGAAUGCCGGGCGUACCUGGGCCGCAGGGACCCCAGGGAAGAGAAGGUCCAAAAGGACAAAUUGGUGAUAAGGGAUCGCAAGGAGUGCAGGGUCCAAGAGGAGACAGAGGACGCGAAGGGCCUCCCGGGAAGAGCGGACCGCCAGGAAUUAUGGGAAUGAAAGAUGAAUCGGGGCUUGCGGGAAUGAAAGGAGAGCCAGGCAUUGUGGGAAAUCAAGGAAGAAAAGGAGACAAAGGAGAGAGAGGAGAAAGCGCCAAAGCAAGUCAAGCGAGUGUAGUACCACAAACCAACUGGAAACAAUGUGUGUGGAAAUCAGACAGCGGUGCUGAUAACGGAAAGAUUAAGGUAAACAAGAAAGGCACUAAAAGCUAAACAAGAACUAUUUAUAAGUACCACAGAUGAUGUUCAUAGGUGGAAAGAGAUCGAAAAUCCAUUCUUCUAAGAUAAAUUUUAAAGUACAGCUAUGACCACAACCUCAUUGUCUUAGCCUUCAUCCCCAAUCAACCUUUCUACAGCUGGCCGGUAUUAAUUUUUGUAGAAAAAUUUGAAACAGCAAACUGAUCCUUAGGGCAAGGCGAUGAAGAAGUACACAAAAGAAUAAUACAAAAAUAUAGAUUUAAACAAACUGCUCAAUAUUUCGGUUUGAAAACAAACCUUCUUUAAGGGCUAAAAGAAAAUAAAUCUUAAAGGUCCUCACAAAUAAGAAUUUGAAAAUGUGACAAUAAAAGCAGUGGAUUGUUAUUGGUAUAGGAGACUAAGUGGUAUCAUAUAUCAGUGAGCUUCGCCGCGUCUAUUUAUUCCUAGAGGAAAUAAUGUGUUCCCUUUGUGUAUUAAAUGAGCUUCUCGAGCCUUUCCCACUGCGUCACAGUUGUACUGAUCCAGGUCUACAACUGGUAGAUCCGGCACCACUUAAUAUUUGUUUGUUGCUGUGGACUUCCUGAUAUUUUAUAUAUUGAUUUUUGUGUUAAUUAGCAUUAUUAGAGUUGCGGACAUUUUAAUCGUUUUUUUUUUUCGUAGGACUGUGCUUUUAACAAGUUGAAAUCGGACACAGCCCUCAAAGUCUCUUUCCAGGAUAACAUGAGUAUUUAUGGCGAUGCUAGGUGUAAUCGGUGGUAUUUCAAGUUCAAUGGAAACGAAUGCAGUGGACCAAUGACGAUUGAGGCCGCUGUUUACAACGACUGGUCAUCUGGGAACCAUUAUUUGUAUCAUCAUCGGUCAUUUGAGGGGUACUGUGAAAACAUCCCACAAGGAGCAGUUAGAGUGGAAUUAUGGGCAGGAAAGUGUAGUGGCAGCACCUUGGGUAAUGCUUACACUGGUUGGAAUUCAGUGUCCCGAAUAAUGAUAGAAGAAGUAUCUAGGUCCCAGUCCUAA